UCACAGCAUCACUCUCUUGUUCACUCGGGUCACCGAAGGGAACAGACGGAGCACGCGAAAAUGGCGAUCGCGAUCUCCCAGGACGCCUUCGACGCCAUGGUCCGGGAGAACAUGGAGGACCUCGGGAUGGACCCCGACGAGGCCCUCGCCGACGCCGUCGAUGCCCUCACCCUCCAGGGCGCCGACCUCUCCGGGAUCAUAAAACGAGUGCCCGGAGAGGCCGCCGAGGCGGAGGUGAGUCCGGUGAUGCGGGUGCUGGACGAGCUGAAGGCCUCCGCCGCUGCGAAUGAUAGUGCCAGUGGCAGGUCCGAGGAGGGUAUCGACAUGUUGGCCUCUUUGCUCGAUGAGCUGCGCGAGCUCUGCUCCGGCGAGGGGUUGGAGAAUGCGGCGGUCGCUGUUCGGAAUGGCGCCGUGGAGGCGCUCGUCGCCCUGUGCGCGUCGGCUGGGGUUAAGCAGGAGAGACUGCUUGCCUCGGGCUUCAAGGCGCUAAGCUCCUUGCUCCGGGCAAUUCAAUUUGUAGAUGUUGGAAGCACUGAAAAGUUCAGACAAAGUGAAGGGCCCCAAGUUGUCAUGGAUAUUUUGAAAGGAGGAUCCAGAAGUUCAGAUAUACUGGAAAGUGGCUUUAGGGUUGUGGCUGCAGCAUCUGCGGGCAAUGAAGUUGUUAAAGAGUGCUUUAUGGACCUGAACGUUGAUGAACUCAUUUUGCAAGCUAUGAGGGAGGAAUCAAAUAGCAAUGUGCAAAGCUUAUAUGAUGCUAUACGUGUUCUAUUGACACCUGAUGACAAUCGAGUGGUGGCUUCUCAAGUAUAUGGAUACUCUCGGAGAUUUGCAGAAACUGGGAUUGCAGUAGUUCUUGUCAACGCACUACGUGAGAAAGUUGCUCCUUCCAGCUUACCAUCAGCUUGUGCGGCUCUGAAGGCGAUUGCUGUCAAUGAUGAAAUAUGCAGGUCCAUAUCUGAAAAUGGUGGGAUUGAUGUGCUUCUUCAAUGUAUUGAUGAGGCUAGUGAGCAAAAGAACAAAGUUAUAGCAAGAUCUUGCUGCUCCCUGUUGUCCAAGCUGGCUGGAAGUGAUGCAAACAAGACUACCAUCAUUGAACGAGGUGGUUUUGAUAGGUUCUUGAAGUUGACAUCCAGAUUUUCUGAAGACCCGCCAGUAAUACAAGAGGUAAUGUCUAUGGUGACUAUCCUUGCAUUGCGGUCACCAGAAAAUGCUGCUCGAGCAAUGGGAGCAGGGUACGGUACUCUGGCUAUACGGGCAAUGCAGAAGUUCCCCUCCUCUGCCCAGACUCAGAAGCAAGCCUGUCUUAUGAUCCGUAAUCUUGUCGUCAGGAACCCUGAAAACCGGACGAUCUUGCUUAAUAAUGGUGUGGAGAAGCUUAUUAGGAAGGCCAAGGUGAUGCAUGCAAGCUGCAAAGAUGCUGCCACAUCUGCCUUGAGGGAUCUGGGCGUGGACAACUACAAUUCAUAGACAGCAGAAUUCGUCUACUGUGUAAAGCAGAAUUCGUCUACUGUUUUGUGGGAAUUACAUGGGAUGUGUUUGGCUUGAUAGGAUUUUGACUA